AUGCUGUCAGAUGCUGUUAAAAUGAUUAUGGCAUUAAUAAAUUCACUAAAAGUUCAGAAGACAGAAGACAACAAUACAUUUGAGACUCAAUGCAGCGUAGCAGUAGAGAACAACGAUGAAUAUCGACGCUGCAUUUUCGGCGUCGUAUCAAAUUUCGUCGAUAAUUUGUAUGUCAUUGAGAAAGGCAAUCAUGAUCAUCAUUUCGAACGACCGCUUGAUUUUUCUUGGAAUUUCGAGACAGGAGAUAGGGUCAGAAUGACAGGAAGAGAAGAUGACGACGGUAUUUUUACAGUGGAAAAAGUAGAACCACUGCGAAAGAAGGAGGAAUUUGGGAGAAUCACUAAAAUGGCAGAAAAUUACGUCGUGUUUGAAGACAACGUUCUAAUGAUGUCUGAAGAUUUAUCAAAUCUUCAAUUGCAUAAAGAAUGCAAGUAUAUUGCAAUCGAAACUGAUCAACGAUGUGAUGGAAUUCGAUACGAUUGGAGAGUGGCUAAAAUUCUAGACAUUUUAGAAGCUCCAAAUAAAGAAAGCAUAGCAGCAAAAAUUUUAAUGCAAGACGACACAUUUACCAUUGCUUUCAACAAUUUAAAUAAAUUUUCUGAUGUUUACAUAAAACAAUUUAAUAUCCCCGAAAACUUGAGAUGUUAUGAAUAUGAAGACUUUUAUCAAACUCAUGAACAACUGACAGAAGAAUUUACAUUUUUAAGAUCGAAUAACGAAAUCGAUGAAGAAUCUUUUAUUGAUAAGCUUCAUUUGGGAGUUUAUUUGGAUGAAAUUGCUUUGGAGAAUGCAUUCAGAAAAUAUCGCAUUGAAAGAAGUUAUUUUGUGCUGUCUGAUGAUAAAGAAUCGUUAAGAUUAGUAGUGAAAGGUGUAAGCGAAAAACGACCAUCUUUGAUUAUUGGUGACGCCAUUUUCGCAACACCAAAUCCUUUAAUUAACGAACAACAGAAAAUAUAUAAAGGAUACAUCAGAAAAGUUGAGAAUGAUGCAAUCUGUGUUCAAUUUAAUGAAGAGUUUUAUGAAUUUCAAAAAGGAAAAAAAUUCACUGUUGAGUUUAAUUUUUCGAGAACAAUGCAUCGUUUUCAACAUCAUGCAAUUGACACUCUGACAAACACAAAAGGACUAGGAAAAAGUUUCUUAUUUCCAGACUAUAAAGAUUGUCAAGCUGCAACACCUCAAGUUGAUGUCAGUCUUGUUGAUGGACAACUUAAACUUAAGGAAACGACAAUUAAUUGGUUUGACAAUAAACUCAACAAUCAUCAAAAAAAUUUUGUUUUUAAUGCUCUUCGUGGUGAACAUCGCCCAUUGCCAUAUGUGCUUUACGGACCACCAGGAACCGGAAAAACUUUGACACUUGUCGAAUUAGCUUUGCAACUUUACACGUUACUUCCAAACUCAAACAUUAUCAUUGCAACGCCAUCAAACUCUGCUGCAAACCUUUUCACAGAUGCUUUAGUUAAAUCAGAGAAAUUGAAAAAUCCUCAUGACUUUAUUCGAUUUGUGUCGAAUAAUCAAUUUGAAAGAGAAUUAAUUCCUACAGAAUUGUUGCGAUAUUGCGGAACAAUUUCUUAUGGCUGUGGAUUGUCUUCAACAAACAUGGAAUCGGGAUUAAGAAAAAAUUGUUCAAAAUCGAACAUCAUGAAUUACAGAAUCAUCAUCGGAACAUUGAAUUGCUUCGGAAGUAUGAUGCGAAUGAGUUUCCCUAACGAUCACUUCACUCACGUUUUAAUCGAUGAAGCUGCACAAUCUUCCGAGCCAUCGAAUUACAUUCCAUUAACAUUUUUGAGAAGAAAUAGCGGACAAGUUAUACUUGCUGGUGAUCCGAAGCAAUUGGGGCCAAUGUCAGUGUCACAAUAUGUGAUGGAUUUCGAAAUGGAGACUCCUUUACUCACUCGUUUAUUAUACACAAACAAAUGUUAUUCGAAAUCUUCCGGCCCUAAUAUGAAUGAUUAUGAUCCGCGAUUUGUCACACAACUAAAAUUGAAUUAUCGAUCACAUUCAAGCAUCAUGAAAUUCUACAAUGAACUGUUCUACGAAAACUUUCUUGAAGGAGCUGUCGAUGGAGAAAAGAGUCACGAAAGUCAAUUUUUAGAUGCAUUGCUUCAGGAAACUCUUUUGUGGGGUCGAGAGAAAGAGAAUUUUGGUGUUUAUUUUGUUGACGUUGAUGGUCGAAAUGCAAAAGAAAAAAAUUCUCCAUCAUGGUAUAAUCAAAACGAACUCAACGCAAUCAUGUCGCUCUUAAUUAAAAUGAGCAUGUGCAAUGUGCCUCUUAAAGAUGUUGGUGUUAUAACUCCAUACGCUCUUCAAGUGAAGAAAAUACAAAAGAGAGUGUCAGAAGUUAUUGCAGAUACUGAUCUCAAAGUAGGAACCGUGGAAGAGUUUCAAGGUCAAGAACGGUCAGUCAUUCUCGUAUCCACUGUACGUACCGAACAUAAAUUUUCUCAAGAUAAAACUUAUAAUCUCGGCUUCAUUCACUGCAAUAAGCGAAUGAAUGUGGCAAUUUCUCGAGCAAAGUCACUUUUAGUUGUAUUUGGAAACAGCAAAGCUCUUAAAGAAAAUGACAAAUGGCGACAAUUUAUGGACACUUGCGAAAGAAAUGAAACUUUUAUCACAAAAUCCAUUGCCUUUUCGGUAAUUAUAUAAUUGUGUACUUACCUUGAUGUGCAAUGCCUGAAUCGCUUUCCACAAUUCCACUGUUCUUGCUGCAACAUCUUCCAGAUUUGCUUUGGUUCUGCUUUCAUCUGGAUUUUAUUUAAUGAAUCAUAAACUAUCUUCAACUGAUUCAAGCAUUCAAGUGCUUGAUCUAAUACAUUCACAUCAGACAUUUUUUGUAAUUUUUCACUUUUCAAAAAAUCACAUUUUGAUUUUAAUAACUUUCAGUUAUUCACAACAUACGUUUCGUCGUAUGCUUAUUAAAUUCACUUUAUUCUUCGACAUGAUUUUUACACACUUAGUUCACUUUAUUCUGCGAAGGACCAAAUAUUUUGGAUAAUUAAAGUUAUCGAAACGAAUGUAUCUGAAACGAGUAAAUCAUAAAACAUUUCUUUUCGAUGCUUGUUUUAAGCAAAACAAAGUUGA